GCCGAUGCGGGACGGUGUCGUUGGGUUCCUGGGCUCUGCGUCUCUCUCACCUUUGGACAUCUGUCAUGUUUGGCCGCGGCUCCAAGAGGACACGUGUCAGCUCGACAAACACAAUGGACAUUCUGGAGAGAGGACAGCCCUGCAGCGCGUGUGGAGAUCAGUGUCCCGGUUUCGUGAUGCACAGAUGGAGAAAGAUCUGCAUCCAGUGCAAGUGCCCCCAGGAGGAGCAUGCUGCAGCUGUGAUGCCCCUGGAGAUGGAGAAGGCUGUCAACAAGCUGAUGUUUGACUUCCAUAGGAACUCCACUUCUGACGACGACUCCGGUUGUGCCCAGGAGGACUAUACCUGGGCGCCUCCAGGCCUCAAGCUGGAACAGGUUCACCAGUACUACAGUUCACUUCCUGAAGACAAGGUUCCAUACAUGAACAGCCCAGGAGAAAAGCACCGGAUCAAGCAGCUUCUGCACCAGCUGCCUCCGCACGACAAUGAGGUGCAGUACUGCAACACCCUUGACCAUGAUGAGAAAAGGGAGCUGAAACUGUUCAGCAACCAGCGGAAGCGAGAGAACCUGGGCCGGGGGACCGUGCGACCGUUUCCAGUGACCAUGACUGGAGCCAUCUGUGAGCAGUGCGGCAGGCAAAUUAACGGGGGGGACAUUGCAGUGUUUGCGUCCAGGGCUGGACACAACAUGUGCUGGCACCCCCAGUGCUUUGUGUGCAGCGUAUGCUCUGAGCUGUUGGUGGACCUCAUCUACUUCUACCAGGAUGGCAAGAUCUACUGCGGGCGGCAUCACGCUGAACAGCUGAAACCGCGCUGCUCAGCCUGCGAUGAGAUUAUCUUUGCGGACGAAUGCACGGAAGCAGAGGGCCGUCACUGGCACACGAAGCACUUCUGCUGCUUUGAGUGCGAGACCGUCCUGGGCGGGCAGCGCUACAUCAUGAAGGAUGGCCGGCCAUACUGUUGUGCCUGCUAUGAGUCGCUAUAUGCUGAGUACUGUGACGCCUGUGGGGAGCACAUAGGCGUUGACCAGGGCCAGAUGACCUAUGAUGGACAGCACUGGCAUGCCACUGAAACCUGUUUUUGCUGUGCCCGCUGCAAGAAGUCCCUACUAGGCCGUCCCUUCCUGCCAAAGCAGGGCCAGAUCUUCUGCUCACGUUCCUGCAGCAUGGACCAGGAGCCCGAUGAUUCAGACUCCUCUGACUCUGCCUUCCAGAGCGCCCGCUCCCGUGAGUCCCGCCGCAGUGCCAAGGUGAGCAAAAACGGUGCCAGGCGGGGAGCUGGGCGUGAGGCUGGAGCCCGCCCCUACUCUGCUGGCCCAGACCCGCUUUCCCUGCAGAUGGACCUACUGAGCCUGUCAGGUCGGGCCCCGGCCCUAAGCCGUGACCAGCGCAUCUGGAGGAGCCAGGGUGAGCUGAACACCCGAGAUGCCUCUUCUGAGACCCUUGCACCUAAACCACCACCUCUCCUGAGCCAGCGCAGCGUCAGGUCAGCUUCCUUUAACUCCUCUCAGAACCAGGGAACCGCUGCCCACAGUCAAGGAAACCCCAGCCAGAACGCAGGAAACCCCACACCACUCAUAGGAAACCAGCCAAACCCGUGGGCUAAGGAUCAGCUCAAUGUGAAGAGGCCCCCCAUGGGUGCCCUGAAGGGUCGCUCCUUCAAUGAGGAUUGGAUUCACCGCAGCAGAGAUGAAUUCUUCCCUCCAAAACUAAAAGCGCAGAUGAGUUUCAAUGAGGUCUCCAACAGCGGGUUCUCAGGAAACAGGACAGGAGCUUUCUAUGGAUUUCCCAGAGAAGUGGACCCUCAGCUGGGCAGAGGCAGGAAUCCCACCAAUACACAUAAUUUCUCCAAGCAGCUCACUCCCUUGGCACAAACCCCAAGGAGCUCCGUGGAAUCGCUUGCGCUGUCCAGUACCACAGGCCUAUCGGUGGAUGGGGACAGGUUCCGGCAGGAGCAUCUGUCUAGGUUUUCUAUGCCAGACUUAAGCAAAGACUCUGGCAUGAAUGUUUCUGAGAAGAGCAACAUGGGUACCCUGAACUCAUCACUCCAGUUCCGCAGCUCAGAGUCUCUGCAGAGCUUGACCUCGGGCCACCCGUACUCCGGUAUGGGUCUGCCUGUCAGGCUCCAAUACCCUCUCCAGUACUAUAGGUCUCCACCAGGUGUCCCCUUCGAGGGCCCAGGCAGGGUCCACCUGGCAGGUGGUGGCCAUAACAUGCAGCACGUGCCGAUGAGCGAGAGGGGCAACAGGCGGGGCGAGACCCCAGAAGCCACUCCUCCGCGGCGUCGGCACCGCCGCCAUUCCCGUCGCUCUCGUCUCUCCCGCUCUGAUAACGCCCUGCACCUGGCAAGCGAGCGACACGUGCACGCCCCACUGCCGCUGCGCGAGGACUACGGCCAGUAUCCAGUUCCCGGUGUUGGCCGGGGUCUCAUCGGUAGCGGCCAGUACAGGCCGCAACCCUGCCGCCCGUGCCCACGGACGACCUCUGACCUCAGCCUGCACAACGCCGUGGGCCGCCACCUGGGACAGUACUUUGAUGGCUAUGGCGACGCGGAGGACUGGUGCUCCAGCUGCACCUCUUCCACGGAGUCUGAUGAUGAGGGUUACUUCUUAGGCGAGCCCAUCCCAAGGCAGGUGGGCAUGCGCUACCUGACGAGUGAAGACCUCCUGCAUCAGUAUGGCUCCCCAGGGCUGGCUGCUCGAGGACAGCUGCACACACGCAAGCACCGCAAGACCAAGAACUGCAUCAUCUCAUAGCAGGACAGUGGGGGGGGGGGGCGAAGCUGACUCUUUCCGUAGACUGACUUUAGAAUCUCACUCCCGCUCCUACCGCCUUUCUCUCAGAUGGUUCCUAUAAACAUUCCCAUUGUACUUUGACCUUAAAAAAUUCCCCAACCUGUAAAUGCCUUUAGUGUUGUAAGGUUUAUGAGCUGGUCACGAGUGUACAACGUAAUAUGCUCAUCUGCAGCGCAGAGGCUUUGCAUGUUUCCCACAGACCCUUCCAGAUUUUUCUUCACUCAUUUCUUAAGACUACAUGACAAACUGUAAAUUCAAGAGAAAGAGGAAGAGUGGUAAAGGGCGUUUAUCAUAAGUACGAGGAAGAGCCCGGCACCUCAGGGGUGGACUGCUGUACAAUUCUUCUGAGCCAGACUGUGCAUGGUGUCAGUUUAGGGAUCAGUCAGCUGACUGAGCUGCUGGGCACAUGGCGAUCACUGAAUUUCAGAUUUAGCGCACGGAUUCAGUUUACUGGCCUCAGUGGAGAAGAAGAAGAAAAAAUCUGCUCAGCUUAAUAUUUUGCCGUCCUCUCUUCUGCCAUGUGUAUAAAUAGCAUGUCAUAUAAGUGCUGACGUUUUAUCAAAGACAGUGUACAAAAGCAAUCUUCAAGGCACUGUAAAGUUCAGUAAAGUUGAGUAUAGUCCUGCUUAUAUUAUGCAAUGCAUUUGGUUUUGGCUUUACUGUUUAACUAAGUUUUAUAAAUGUAUAUAAGUAUAUUUGCUAAGUCAAGGGGAUAUUAAUGUAAAUAUACAGAAAGAAGUGUGCCAUAUUUUUUAUAUUUUGUAUUCUCAUAAUAAUUUAACGUAUUAUAUAAUAGAAAUAGAUGUGCAUGCAGUUUUAUUUGUUGAUAUUUUUGUGUUUUGGAAUUAAAGAAUAUUUAAUUGAACAUUUGAAAGUCUCAGCCUCCAGGAAGGCCAUUGAAACUUCUUACAGACAAAUUGAUUUCAGACAACUAUAUAGCUGGAAGUCCCCUGUUGCUCU